AUAUAAGGAGGGAAAAUUAAUUGAACAUAACUGAAUUCAGUCCUCGGUCGGAGCAGCUUUAUUCAGAUCGCGGCGGUGCAGCCUCUCUCAGAUCUAAGCCGCCAAAUCGGAAACCGAUUGAUAUCUCGUAGCCUGUCCAGGGUGGUUUGCCGAUGAAUAACGGGAUGGUAGAAUGCAGUGUCUGUCAUUCCAAAUUGGUUAAUCCAUCCACUAAGGUUGUGUCACGAGCUUAUGAUCGACAUAGGAGCAAGGUUUCGUCAAAACAGCGGGUGCUUAAUUUCUUGUUAGUUGGCGGUGAUUGUGUCCUAGUUGGUUUACAGCCUGUUCUGGUUUAUAUGUCAAAGGUUGAUGGCCGCUUCGCGUUUAGCCCCAUCAGUGUCAACUUUUUGACUGAGGUUAUGAAAGUAUUUUUUGCAAUUGCAAUGCUUAUAUUCCAGGCUAGGAGACAGAAGUCUGGUGAGAAGCCGCUUCUCUCAAUGUCUACAUUCAUUCAGGCUGCUCGUAGCAAUACGCUACUUGCCGUUCCAGCCCUUCUUUAUGCUAUAAAUAAUUACCUGAAGUUCAUUAUGCAGCUAUAUUUCAACCCUGCAACAGUUAAAAUGUUGAGCAAUCUCAAGGUUUUAGUCAUUGCUGUACUUCUGAAGGUCGUUAUGAAACGCCGAUUUUCAAUAAUUCAGUGGGAGGCUCUUGCAUUGUUGCUGAUCGGUAUCAGCAUAAAUCAACUUAAAUCCUUACCCGAAAAUACAGCUGAUUUGGCUCUCCCAGUCACAACUACUGCAUAUGUGUAUACUUUGAUAUUUGUUACUGUUCCUUCUAUGGCCUCUGUCUUCAAUGAAUAUGCCCUGAAAAGCCAAUAUGACACAAGCAUUUAUCUUCAGAACUUAUUUCUGUACGGAUAUGGAGCUAUAUUCAACUUUCUCGGAAUUCUUGGAUCUGUCGUAAUAAAAGGUCCAAGCAGCUUUGAUAUAUUAGAAGGACAUUCAAAAGCAACCAUGCUUUUGAUAUGUAACAAUGCAGCGCAGGGAAUUCUAUCCUCCUUUUUCUUCAAAUAUGCUGAUACAAUUUUGAAGAAGUAUUCGUCAACUGUAGCCACAAUAUUUACAGGCAUAGCAUCUGCUGUCAUGUUUGGCCAUAGAUUGACCAUGAACUUUAUGUUAGGGAUAUCAGUUGUUUUCAUUUCAAUGCAUCAGUUCUUUUCACCUCUUGCAAAAGUUAAGGAUGAUCAACAAAGUGAUAUGCUUGAGAAAGCUAAUGUGCUGGAUGAUCAUAGGUCAAGGGAUUCAUCGUUCAUAGAAAUAGCUGCUGGAGCUAAUGAGGAGGCUAGCCAUCGUGUGGGACUUGAUGAAAGACAACCUCUUCUUCCAACCUAAAGUUGUUUUGCUUCAGUCUCGAUACUAUCCGUGCAAGAUAUAAAAUAGAAGACAACGAAAUGUUUAUUAGGAUAAAACAGAGAAUAUAAAAUGCGAUUGGAUGUCACACUAAGAAGCAUGGUUAAUGUCAUUUUCGCUCUGGCACAUCGAUUCUUCCCUGGAAGAGUUUGACAAUACGCUGAUGGAGAAUUUAACCUUGGAAGAUAUAUGAGAAGUGCUACAUGUUUUA